AGACUUCUGAGAAUCAGGGAUUAAAAUGGGAAUAUAGCCAAUAGGUCAUUAAUUAAACAAAUUAACAAAGGGAGUGUAUGCACUUAAAGUCAAUAUUUACGAUGUAGUGUAGGAAGCAAUAUCCUUUACUUCAACCAUUUUAAACCCCAUAAUGUAAACGUUUCUCUUCUACACUUGAUAAAACGCCAUAUGACGUUAUGUAUCGUUAUGUGAGGUCAAUAUGCAAUAUUUUUAAUGUAAGGCAAGUUAAAGUCUUUAGGACACGUUGACAUGAGGACAACAGCAAGUAUAUAGGUAUAGGACCUAAAAAUAGUGAUUUAUUACAUUUCAUCCAUUGGCUGUAUCAUAAACGCUUAAGAAAUGUAUUUAGAAUUAUGGAACUGGGUAAAUAACGUUGAUAGUAAUGGCACUUCAAAAAAACAAAACAAUAUGCUAUGCUGUCAUCUUAAAAACUGACAAUUCUUUCUCAUCAUUACAACAAAAGAUGACUGAAAUAAUGAAUAUAAACGCACAAUGUGCUAAUUAUCAUGUCAACAGCAGGUAAUCAAGCUAGCAGGUACAGUGGGUGAUGUGGCUAACAAACUUACCAACACACCAGGCAAUUCGUCAGCUGGACAUCAAUUAACAUGUGAGGAAGUCGAACAUGAAGGCAAAUGCUUUAGUCAUGAAGUCCAUAAUCUCUGAUCUGCACUUGAAAUUUGCAGAAAAGACAUGGAAAGAAACCUUUCAGCUUGUCCGAAGAUGCAUGGACAAACCAAAAGAUGCCUCCCGUGUGCCGCUGCUUAGAUCCUUGGAAAGGCUCCAGGAAGUGGUAAAUGUGUCCUCUAUGAAUACCAUGAGGUCUCGUCUGGAAAUGAUUGCUAAACAACAAGGAAUGGGCUUUCACAUCACUGAGGCCACAUGCUACCUGACAGCCGAUAUGUUUUACCUGGAGGUGGUGUUGCUGCUGUGUGGCGGGGUGGAGGAGGUCAAAGUGGCCCCACAUGGAGGAUACCCUGUUCCCAGUGAGUCCUUUUUGCGGCUGCUGAGGUUAAAACAAUUCACUGAGUUCGCCAUGAAGUUGGCAGACCUUUUCACCCAGUACAACAUCCCUGGAGACAAUGACCAGAAAUUAAAAUUGUUUGCAUCUUUGCAAUUCCUUGGAAAAGACUUGGAGCAGAUAUCACUUUUGCCAUGUGUGCCAAUUGACUCUGCCCAAGGUGACAUGAUUAACAAUGGCAGAGUUGGGUGUCUAAUUGCUGGAAAAGCAGAUUGCCCUCUGGCUAUCCAGUUCUAUUCCACCCCAACUGAUGGAAUGAAGACCUCUGAUUUACAGGAAGAAAUGACUGAUAGAGAGAUGGUGGUGCAGGCUGCAAUGGUGACAGUUGAUGUCAGUGAUGUGCCUCACAAGCUUCAGACAGCCUCUGUGAUCCAACAGCCUCCACAGCUGGAUCCCCAGGGUUAUCCUGUGUUCCUGCCAUUAAGUGAGAUGCCUAGUGAGAUGCUGCCUGCCUGCUUUCACCUCAAACUGCAGCCAGCAAUACCAAUGAUGUGUUCUUUUGUCGACAAGCUCAGACAAAUAACAGAUGUGGUCAUAGCAGAUGUUGACCUGCAGUGGGCAGCCCUACCCAAGCUUCUUAUGAGUAGUUCACCAAGUGCAAAAAUCCACAUGGAGACAUUAGAUGAGCAGGAUGCUAUUUUUACGGCGCCUCUUCCUGGUAGUGUGAUGCACAGUUAUAUCCUCCCUGGAGCAGCAUGGGAGGUGCCUGCCCAAAGAGGGGCUGUGGUGGACAGUAUCCCCUUCACCCACCCUGCCCAUGUACCAGCCCUACUGGAGCUGCUUCGACAUCAGUGUGUCAUCAACACCCUGCUGAGGAGCUGUAUGACUUCUCAGUGUACCGGAACAGGUUCGGAGUGUGACCAACACUUUGAAGUGCGUCCUGAGUCUGACACCAGCUUUUCUGUGACCUUCCAGGGACCUCACACUGACUCCCUCGUUGUUUUGCUGGUGAAUGUAUCCGAUUCUCAUCAGAUUACCUGCACUUUGUUUGGGGCAGACAUAGGGGACCCGUCUAUGGAUGAAAACCUCUCAACUAUUAUGAAGAAGUCCAUGUCCAUCCCUCUGGCCUUGAGGACAUUAUACCUCAAACUGGAGGAGAUCACCCCUGCCCCACUUUCUGCCAGCCCUGAGGCCACCACAGAGGCUGAAAAUGACCAAUCAGCUUCCACAACUACCGCUGCGACCGACACCAAUGGUGCGUUGACCACGUUCUCCCAGAAUGCAGCUCUGCCAGAAGACGACUUCAGCCUUUCUGGUUCGGCCUGCUAUGCCAACUCUGACAAAUCUGAGCUCCUUCCUGAAAUAAACACCAGUCCUGCUGUCAGCCCUUACCCUUUCGCUCCUGGGGGGGUGUUUUCACACUGGAUGACCAAUAAUGGCCACCUGUCAGAGCUGAUCUGAAACUAUGUUUACAAGUGGUGACAUUACCUUUUUUUUUUAUUUGUCGUUUCAAGACUUAAAUAAAUACAUUGGUUAAGCAAAUGUUGCUGCAGAAAGCUAAAGUGUUUCUUACUUAGCAUUCCAGUGUGGCAGAGAUUGUUGCCUGUAAAGGUUUUGAGGUUUGGCAUUUGACCUUUCUCAGACAGCCAAGAGCCCAGUUGAUUGGUACCAUGUGAGCCAAUCAAACAUUGUAAAAGUGCAUUCUUAAAGGCUCGUUAGAGUAAAGAGAUCAACACCAGAGUGAAAAGAUCAACACCGUAAACAUUAAAGUCAGGAAUGUCUCUUCUGUAAGCAAAAAUAAUAGCAAGGGGAAGGGUCUGAUUGUGAUCAGCAUAAAAUAUUACAGAUGUGCAAUGACUUUAAUCACACUCCUAGACCUGUUAUCCCAUUUUUUUUAAAUGGUGUUAUCCCAAUUUUGAGUGAAAAGUGUAGUAAUUCAAUACCUUUUGUGGAAUGGAAACUUCUUCGUCUUGCUGGGUGGCAGCCAUGACAUCUUUCCUAAUGUAAAAAUACUUUUAAAGAAUAGCAAAUGUGCAGUUUUAUGUACUGUAACUUUUACCUUUUUACAUGAUUUAGCCUCAAUCUAAAACUGUUAUAUAUAUAUAUAUACCUUUUUAAUCUAAGUUUGUGUAGAGUUUAACUUAAUCUGUAUUCCAUUUAGAAAUCUUCAAAUAAAGAGAGGUGAGCUCUCUGGUAUUAAAUGUCCUGCUUUUAUAGUAAUUAAAGAUGUGCAAUGUU